UUUUCUUGAUAUUUUUAUUUUUUAUUUUUGUGUAUUUUAGGUUUUAGAUGAUCGUGAAAAGUGCAUGCUUAUUGUUGUUUUUGUUUAUAUUUCAAGUGUUGGGAUCAGAAGGAUGAAAAGCCAGGAGGAUGGUCAGAAGGUUGAUAGAGCACAAACCCCUCUUUCGUCGAUUGCGCAGGCGUUUGAGGAGAUUUCCGAUUUGAUUAAAAAGGGCGACGGUAAUGAGCCCUUGAUUGAUUUGCCGUUGAAGCCGUUUUGUGAGGCCUGUUCUUUCGUUUCCGUGCUUUUCGGUUGUCUUGGCAUCGCUUUUAAAUUCGCCGAAAUGGAAUACACAGCCAAGUUGAAAGAUCUUCUUGAGGCAUCAAAGAGUUUCGACACGUUAAGUAGCGUAGUUGACUAUGACUUAAAGAAUAAGACGGUAAAAUCACCUGGAAGCCAUACUCGUAACCUUCGCAGAGUUAGGCAAGGUCUAGAUCUCAUAAAAGAAUUAUUUCAGAACUUUUUGUCACCCGAAAACCUUUCGCUUAAAACCGCAGCUACAACAGCAUAUCAACAAACUUGUGCACCGUAUCACACAUGGGCAGUAAGGACUGCGGCUUCUGCUGGAAUGUGUACUCUUCCAACAAGGGAACAACUUUUGUUGAAUCUAAAUGAAACCGAUAAAUCAGCGGACAAAGAAAUGAGGAGGUACAUAAAAGCAUCAAUUGAUGUUAUAAAAAUCAUUGAUAAUCUAUAUAUUUCUAGAGGUAUUAAACUGGAUUGGUGAUUUUGUAUGUAUGAUCCAACUUUGGUUGGGUUAAUGUAAACUUUAAAUAAUCAACAACUCAUUAAAUCAUGUCUAAUGUGGAUGUAUCACUUGUUAUAA